AUAUCAUAAACCUGUAGCAAUAGUUCAUAGAAUAGAAUCAUGAUACAGAUCACAAUUAGAAACUUCCAGAUCAGAAACUGUUAAUUACAAAGGGCCUUUAUAUUACAAUUAUCCGCAGAUGACGCCUUCGCCACCUUGAAAUGUAUUUUUAAAUGCUUUAUUAGAGCAUUAUAGCCCUAAGCCAACAACUGGGGGUCGAUCCAUGAUAAUUUGGGCUGAAAGUGUACAAAGGCAGGUGCGUUCCAUGUACUCCCGCUCCUCUCCUGUUCUCCUUUCUCCAUUUUAUGCUUCCUAUCUCCUCUGUCCUACUGCCUGUGACACAGAAAUCAAUCUAAUUGCUCCAUUUCAAAGGACAUAUGAAUUCCUAUGAUACACAUCGGGGAGCGAGGACGCUUGCCAGAGAAGCUAUAAGUUAGGAUGCAUCGGUGUAUCCUUUGUAGAAUCCUUUUCGGCACUUGAUUAUAUCCAAAAGAGGCGUGCCACACAGCUGUAAUACAUAAAACAAGGCAGGAGCAGGGCUUUACAGUAUUCAUAAGUUGUUUUAGUUAGUCAAGAUGAUUAAAAACGCGAUCAAACUCUCUGCCCUUCACCAUUUGUGUAGCGCCUCAUAAGGCUUUGUUCUAACCGCAUGACAUUUCACCUUGAUAUUACUGAUGUUUUUAGCAUUGAAUGUAGGUUAGCAAUGUCCGGAUGGGUGGGGCUGGAUCAUAAAAUUAACAUUCUGAUUAAUAGCGGGUGAGUUACGAGUGGGUGAAAUAAGGUGACUCCCCAUUAAAGGGGUAAUUAUAGUUUUCAGUGUCGAAUAGCGGUGCGGUUUUUAGAUUGCAUAGAUUGUAUAUUAUGUGGGUCACGUUAGUUACAGCGACUGAGAUGGUGGAGAAUCUGUGUACCUGAGUAUCGAUAUAUAACACCAAUAAAUCUAAAUCGAACAUUAUGAAGGAAACAGUGGUAGAUCCGUAGUAAUGUAUGUAAUUGUUAAAAAAUGUGGUAACAAUCUUAAUUAUAAUAUUUAGUUCUAUAAUAUUUAUAGUAUUUAGUUCAUUAACUGUUUAAUUAUCAUCCAAUCCUCACUUUUGUGAGAUACUGUUGCUGGCUGCCUUGCACCACUAAAAACCACUUUAGGCUGUGGUGUUGUCACUGUGAAGUUCAGAAUCAGUAGGCCAGAGAAAGCAUUCGUGAAUGUCCCAGCCUACGUAAGCCAGUAGAUAUGGUGGAAAAUCCAACCCGAUUUCUUCACAUAGGAAGCAGCAGAAUGGCUGUUACAAGCAACUGAGGAAGCCGGCGAAUGGUUAAUUUCUCUCCCUACGUGCAAGGCGAGGAGGUUAGAAAAAGGAGUCGAGGAUGUAUAAACAGAGAAAUGAGAAAGACCUUGCAUGGUUCAAAAUGCAACUUCACUUUCUACGAGUCAACAGUGGACAAGCUCUUUCAGAUAUUCCCACCCAAUGCAGCUGUUGAAGAAUCCAGUCCUAACCGUUGCAGGACUUGUGCUGUAGUGGGGAAUUCUGCUAAUUUGAAGGGAUCAAAAUAUGGACCUCUGAUAGAUUUCCAUGACAUCGUCAUUAGAAUAAACCGAGGCCGUACCCAAGGCUAUGAAGCAGAUGUUGGAAACAAAACAACUCAUCAUGUAAUGUAUCCGGAGAGUGCCACUUAUUUGAAGGACACCACACAUCUUGUGUUUUUUCCAUUCAAAAUAAGUGAUUUUGACUGGCUCCUCAAAAAAUUCACUAUAGGGGCUGUGAACCCAAAGAAGAUAGCUAACAAGGAUUUGGUGAUGAUCCUCAAUCCAGAUUUCAUAAAAUUUGUUCACGAAAUGUGGCUGGGAAAGAAGGGCUGGUAUCCAUCCACUGGCUUUCUGACUGUCGCUCUCAGCAUGCAAAUGUGUGACGAGGUAGAUCAAGAGCUUUGCCUUACAGCUCAGCUCUCUUUUCGUCACAACGGUGCGGUAAAGCGAGUGCAAUACCGCCCCUGCUGCUCCGAUUCUCCGGCCAAUCUCCUGCUCCAGUCUCCCCUCACUUGUGAACAAGCCAUCAGGACCACAUCAUCCGUAAAAAGCAGCGACGAGUUCCCAAGCCCACCGAACCGCAACCCCUCCUCACCACAACUACGCCUUGAUAUCCUGUCCAUGAAUAUCACAAACAGGAUUGGUGACAAAGCGCAGCCCUGGCAAAGGCCAACCCUCACCUGGAAAGAGUCCGACUUACUUCCGAGUACUCGGACACAGCUCUCGCUUUGGAUGUACAGGGACUGGAUAGCCCUGAGAAGGACCCCCUCACCCCUUACUCCCGCAGCACCUCCCACAGUCAUACGCCUGUACACUUAUGAGCAUCCUUAUGUUCGACCAUGGUGUUCAUUAUAGAUAAUCCAUGACUAGCACAGAAGUCUAACAGCAAACACCCACUCCCAGCAGAACUAUGGAGUUCCCUACUGGAGCCCCAUACAAAAAGUCCAUUCAGGAUCUCCAAGAAGGACGAAUACUCUGAACUGUUGUUUGGUGCAUAUGCACAAACAACAGUCAGAGUCAUUUAUAUAUGACUCUCUAUAUACUCAUUUAUAAACCUGUGCGUAGAAACCUCACUAAAAGUGUACGUGCGCCCAAAAGCCCUCAUUGAUAUUAAUACGUACUGACUGCAUGAAGAAAAGGAGGCAAAUUCUCACAGAGAAGCUACAAAACGAGAUUUAACUCAGUGUGACACUGAUGUUCCUUUUGGUGAAGCUGAAGCAUGUUGUUUGGUGGGUAAAAAACGAACUUUCAUGCAACGCUGGUGCACCAGAGGAAAGGGGGCACCAGAGCUCCACCCCUUUAUAACCGAUCUGCUCGACUGACGCACUGAAGACGGCAUCAAUUUAAACAGAAUUUGUCUUAUUGAUAUUGAUUAAUAAUUAAGAUUCCUGAUUAAACUGUCCAACAUAUUUGAGGUGUUAUUUUGCAGAAACAGAUAUCUCCGUUUGUGUUUUUUUUAUUGGGCACUUCAGGGACAAUCAAUCACACGAGUGUAUGAUUAUUUAGAAAGGCUUUAAGCCUAUAAUACUCAGAGCUAAUAUUUCGAUAUAUUUUACACAGUAGUAGGCCUAUUCAUUUCAAACAGUUUCAUCCUUCUGCCAUGUAAGUCGCCGUUCAUUUCAUUUCUCCUCUUUAUGUGCGUACGCAUGGUUCAGAGUUUCCUGUCAAG